AUGUUAGAGAAUUCUGGGGAGGGAAGGUCUUUAAUGGUAGACUCCAGGAACCCUAGCCUUAAAUUCUUAGAUGUUAAUGAGAAGCUUGGGUCACUGGAGUGGGGCAGUAGAGGGGGAGCCAGCAGUCUGUUGGCAGAUCAGACAACAUGCACCUGAUGACAGCCCACCGAAGCUAGUUAAAGAAAGUCCUUGAAGGAGCAGAGAGGGAAUGAGAAAAGCUUUGCAACUGCUAAGGGCCAGGAUGGAGUUGGAGGAGCAUACAAGGCACACUUGCUUUACCUUAAGAGGAAGUUCUUCAGGCUGUCCGAGAGAUUGGCAUUUUCAAGUCUGUUAGUCGCCUUUGAGGACAGUGACAGAUUAAAGGUGAAGUUACUAGGAAACGUUGGACACCCCAUGAAUUGGUAGCUCACUCCAGUCCAAAGGUGAGGGCAUGCCCUCCUUUCAGCCCAGCCGCUCCCUCGUGGCUCUCCCUUACUGGGGCCCACAGGUUCCAGCCCAGGGAAGACCUGAGCAGGGUAGGUAAUUCUGAGUCCCAAACCGGUUUUCCCACCUUUCUUAGGGCUGGCAUAUUACCUCUGGUAAUUUCCCAAUCCCCAACAUACCCCAGCCAUCAAGUUCUCCCUACACUGGAAUGUAAGGGGUGGGGAUGGCCAAGUCAUCCUUUGUGCCUUGUUUGCCCUGGGUGUGGUUCCCUCCCAAAAGGCUGGCCAUAAAUGUUUGGGCCUUUUGUAUUUCUGACACUAGGGGAUCCUCUGCAAGUCUUGAAAAUUAGUUGCUGUUUUAGUUUUUUUUUUAAUGCAAAUUUUGUUUCUGUUAGUGCUGAACCCAGGGCCUAUAGCAACCUAGGCAAGAGCCUCACUGCUGAGCCACACUUCCCCCUUGAAAGUUUUGUAAUAAAGUCAAGCAAAGGAGUUAGGAUUCCAUAUGGCAUCACCCCUUCCUCUAAGUGGAACUUUGGAAGAGGAGACCAGAAAGCCUAGCCUACCCACUGGGCCUGCUCUGGAGAAAGUUGAGGGAGAAGUGGCCUUUUCUCUAGAUGCCCCUGGAUAGUUGGGAUUCUUUACCUCAAGUACCAAGGCAAAUCACUUUGAUCUGUCUCCUGCCAGUAAGAACCUCUUCUACAGGUGCCCGAGUUUAACACAAGCUGAUGCUGGUAGGACCCUUUGUGCUAGGUGUCAAACACUCAGAUGCCCUUAUGAGUAACAAAACCCACAACACACAGGCAGAGAGGAGGUGCGGUAAUGUGCCCAAAGCCACAUCGUUAGUCUGUUGGGCGCAAACCUUCUCCUGAGGCAGUCUCUAGAAGUACUUUGUAUUCCUUCAUUAAGGAGGAACCUGUGUUCCUACCCCUCCAGGUUGCAGAAAUCAGUUCCCAGUCCAUCGUAGAAGAGCCCUUUGGAGGGAGAUGAGGGAUAUGACUGCAGAAGCUCUUGCUUUCAUGUAUACAGCUGGCUGUAAUCCCCAUCCCAGUAUAAAUACAGGCUGCUUAGACUUUUUUUUCCAAGUUGUACAUUUCUUUCCAAGUAUACCAUUGGGGAAAGUAGAUGAAAACUGUUUCUGUAUUACAAAGGAGGAUAUAGAGUUAAGGAAUGAAAUGACCUUGUCAGUGCUCUCCCUGGGGAUCUAGGUUAUGUAUUAAGCACCCCAGUAGGAUACAUUGCUGGGGUGAGGAAAUGGCAAUGACCCCAGGUCUAUAGAGCUUUGGAGAGGGAGUAGUGAGGAAGCACUACUAAACAGUUUAGGGGCAGGAGAGAUGUUUUAGUGGUUAAGAGCACUGGUUGUGCUUCCAGAGGACCCAGGUUUGAACCCAGGACCCGCACAGCAGCUCACAACUAUCUGUAACUCCAGUUACAGGGGAUCCAACACCUGCCCUCUGCAGGCACCAGGAACACACAUGGUACGCAGAUAUUGCACGCAGGUAAAACACCCAUACACAUACAAAAUAAAAUAAUUUAAAAAUAGACAACUUAUCAUACAUCGUCUGUAGGUGUCAGAUUAGCAGAGUGCCCCUCCCUACCCCAAUGCUGACAUGUGUGGAGAUGCUGCUUUCUUUAGGACAGAAGGAGACAUAGCUGGUUUUGGCAAAGCCUAGAAUGGGUCAAUGAUUGGUCAGCAAGUGAUGUGGGCAGACAGGUGAUACCUUCUUGGGGAGAAAGGAAGAUAAAUACAGCUAUUGCCCUUUCAAAGCUGGGCCCAGGAGGAAGGUAAUAGGGAAAAACUACAACUCCCAGAAGUCUCUGUUUCGAGGCAAGUAGCGACGGUUACUAUGGUUUCGGAAAACAAUAUGGCUGCUCCCAGAUGGGCUUUGAGUCUGUGCGGAGUAGGGAAGUAAAUGUAGAUCUGAACGCUCUCAGUGGCGAAAGGAGGCACUUGAAGGGUCCUGGCGAGGGCGUUGGGUUCUGCGGGGACGAGAGGCCUUGCCCAGGAGCCAAUGGCAAGCAGCGUGGAUGAGGAGGCUCUGCACCAGUUGUACCUGUGGAUAGACAACAUCCCUCUGUCCCGACCCAAGAGAAACCUCUCCCGGGACUUCAGUGACGGAGUCCUGGUUGCAGAGCUUAUCAAGUUUUACUUCCCCAAGAUGGUGGAGAUGCACAAUUAUGUCCCUGCCAACUCUCUCCAGCAGAAGCUCAGCAACUGGGGUCACCUGAACAGAAAGGUGCUGAACAAGCUAAACUUCUCCGUCCCCGAUGAUGUGAUGCGGAAGAUUGCGCAGUGUUCUCCCGGUGUGGUGGAGCUGGUGCUCAUUCCGCUGAGGCAGCGCCUGGAGGAGCGGCAGAGGCGCCAGAAGCUGGGUGCUGGCUCCUUACAGGAGCUGGCUGCUCAGGAUGGCAGUGGCUACAUGGAUAUGGGUUUGUCCCAGAAGGCUCGAGGAGACGGUGCCCCAGCCCUGGGAGGAGAACAGCUCAGAGGGAGCCGACCGCAGGCGCCUCGACCCCCUGGGUAUAACCAGGCGCUGCAGGGCGAUCCAAGCUUCGUCCUUCAGAUCGCUGAAAAGGAGCAGGAGCUGUUGGCCUCUCAAGAGACGGUGCAGGUCCUGCAGAUGAAGGUGAAGCGUCUGGAACACCUGCUCCAACUCAAGAACGUGCGCAUCGAUGACUUGUCCCGGAGGCUCCAGCAGGCGGAGCGCAAGCAGCGGAGAAGAGACCACUUUCCACAGCCCAGAAAAGCUGUACGGACACGCGGCAUGACUUCCCAAACCGUGUCCACUUUGAGGCUCCCAGCGCUGGGCCUGGAGAGGCGGUCCUCUGGUUCCCUUCUCAGCUUAGAGGAUAGCCCGGACUCCCUCCAUGCUAAUUCUCCAUGGCCUUGGACACUCGAGAAGCUACCCCCGGAAGCUGAGGGAUUCUCUUGCCCCUCCUGGGCGCUUACAUGGGACCCAUCUCAGGGUUGGAGACCGCAGCAGCUGGAGAGGAAGGGAUAAAGUGUUGAAUGAAGAAGCCAGGAAUAAGAGGCAUCCAGCUGCUCAAUAACCCUUCUCGAAUGGAGUGUCUGGGAAGACAGGGCAGAGUUGUCUAUUAAAGGUGGUGUUGUGUGUUC